CGGUGCGUGGGGUGGAGCCGUGUUGUGCCGGUGCCGGUCCGCGGGGCGGGGACGAGCAGUGCCGUAGCCGGGGUGUGGGGCGGAGACGAGCGGUGCCGGUGCCGCUAUCCGGAGCUGUGCCGGUGCCGGUCCGCGGGGCGACGCGCCCCUAUGAGCCGGUGAGGCGGCAGCGGUGCGGGAGGGAUGGCGGCGGGCGGCGGCGGCGGGCGACCGCCGGGCCCCGACCCCGCGCUGGAGCCCUACGUACAGACCCGCAUCUUCAAAAUCAUCGUGAUCGGAGACUCCAAUGUGGGCAAGACGUGCCUGACCUUCCGCUUCUGCGGGGGCACCUUCCCCGGCAAGACCGAGGCCACCAUCGGCGUGGACUUCCGCGAGAAGACGGUGGAGAUCGAGGGGGAGCGCAUCAAGGUGCAAGUGUGGGACACAGCUGGCCAGGAGAGGUUUCGGAAGAGCAUGGUGGAGCACUACUACCGCAACGUGCACGCCGUGGUCUUCGUGUACGACGUGACCAAGAUGAGCUCCUUCACCAACCUCAAGACGUGGAUCGAGGAGUGCAACGGGCACGCGGUGCCCGCGCUCGUCCCCAGGGUGCUCGUGGGGAACAAGUGUGACUUGAAAGACCUCAUCCAGGUGCCAUCCAGCCUGGCCCUCAAGUUCGCCGACGCUCACAACAUGCUUUUGUUUGAGACCUCGGCCAAGGACCCACAGGAAAGCCAGAACGUGGACGCGAUUUUCAUGUGCCUGGUGUGCCGGCUGAAGGCGCAGCGCUCGCUGCCCUGCCGGGACACGGAGCGCUGGCCGGCGCAGCCCCAGCCGCACCCGCGGCGGCUGGACGAGGCCGGCGGGAAAGGCUCGUGCCCGUGCUGAGCGGGACCGCCCGGACCCCAAUAAAGGCUCUGAGCCCCCUG